AGGAGAGGAGGGGGUGUGUUUCGCGGGGGCGGUUGGUGGUAGUAUCAAUAAAGGCAAGAAACAGCUCCACAGGCUUCCUGUGGUCCCUUCCUUUGCGAUGGACGCCUCGUCCGCUUCCCCCGCCGCCGCCUCGUCUCCGGCCUUCGCCUUCUCAUCGCCGCCGCCUGUGGAGAACCCUCGUUCUCCUUUCUCCAAGCCCCGGCCACCGUCCUCGAUCUCCCGGCCCUCCUACCUCGUCGAGACCCCCUCCCGCCCCCUUGCCCACUCCUCCUCCUCCUCGCGCACCAUCUAUAGCGACCGAUUCAUCCCCAGCCGCGCAGGAUCCAACUUCGCUCUCUUCGACCUCUCCCUCCCGCCCUCCGCCUCCUCCUCCUCCUCCUCGGACGCUGGUAGGGAAGACGGAUCCGGCGCCUAUGCGGCCCUGCUUAGGGCUGUCCUCUUUGGGCCGGAUCAGGGCGUUGCGCCUCCGGCCACGCCCGACCGAUCGUCGUCUGCGGUGGCCGGGAGAAGCCCUUCUUCCUCCUCAUCCACCUCGUCCUCUGUGGCCUUUUGGACCCCUAGUAGGAAUAUUUUUAGGUACAAGGCUGAGGUGCGCCGGUACUCCCUUGCAGAGCAGUUUGAGGAUGAGCUUCCCGGGUUCUCGCAUAUUCACCCGCGGGCGCCGAGGAAGGUGCCGCGAUCACCUUACAAGGUGCUGGAUGCUCCGGCAUUGCAAGACGAUUUCUACUUGAACCUCGUCGACUGGUCUUCACACAAUGUGUUGGCUGUUGGCUUGGGUAAUUGCGUGUAUCUUUGGAAUGCCUGCAGUAGCAAGGUUACCAAGCUCUGUGACUUGGGCGUGGAUGACAGCGUAUGCUCUGUUGGAUGGGCACAGCGUGGAAAUCACUUGGCUGUUGGAACAAACCAGGGGAAAGUUCAGAUAUGGGAUGCAUCUCGUUGUCGGAGGAUAAGGACAAUGGAGAGCCAUCGGUUGCGAGUUGGAGCUCUUGCAUGGAGUUCAUCAUUGUUGUCUUCAGGUAGUAGAGACAAGAUAAUUCUUCAACGUGAUAUUCGUGCCCAAGAAGAUUUUGUUAGCAAGCUGACAGGGCACAAAUCAGAGGUUUGUGGAUUGAAGUGGUCUCAUGAUAAUCGUGAGCUUGCAUCUGGUGGAAAUGACAAUAGACUUUUUGUGUGGAAUCAACAUUCAACACAGCCAGUAUUGAAGUAUUCUGAGCAUACUGCAGCGGUAAAAGCAAUUGCUUGGUCACCGCAUGUACAUGGACUUCUAGCAUCAGGUGGAGGAACUGCAGAUCGAUGUAUUCGGUUCUGGAACACUGUCACCAACUCUCACUUAAGCUGUAUUGACACUGGAAGCCAGGUCUGCAAUCUUGUAUGGUCAAAGAAUGUUAAUGAACUUGUCAGCACCCAUGGUUAUUCCCAAAACCAAAUAAUUGUUUGGCGAUACCCAACCAUGUCCAAGCUUGCAACACUCACUGGACAUACCUACAGGGUUUUGUACCUCGCUAUCUCUCCUGAUGGACAAACCAUUGUCACAGGUGCUGGUGAUGAAACCCUCAGAUUUUGGAAUGUAUUUCCUUCUCCUAAAUCUCAGAACACCGGCAGUGAUAUUGGAGCAAGAUCACUCGGAAGAAGUCACAUCCGAUGACGACCCAAAGUCAUGCCUGUUGGUCUUUCUUGGCCAUCCAUCUGCAGAGCUGUUGAUGAUGUUUCUUCUUCUUCUUCUUCUUCUUUU